AUGGAGACUGAAAACCGUACAGCAGUGACAGAGUUUAUUAUUCUGGGAUUAACAGAUAAUCCCACACUAUGUGCCAUCUUCUUUGUGAUUUUUCUGGGAGUUUAUAUAGUUACUAUAGUGGGAAAUAUCAGUAUAAUCAUCUUAAUCCGAAGCAGCCCGCAGCUGCACACCCCAAUGUACCUUUUUCUCAGCCAUUUGGCCUUUGUGGACAUUGGGUAUUCUACAUCAGUCACGCCAAUCAUGCUGAUGAGUUUUUUAAGAGAGAAAACCACUAUCCCUGUCACUGGUUGUAUAGCCCAGCUGGGCUCUGAUGUCACUUUUGGGACUACAGAGUGCUUCUUGCUGGCCACCAUGGCCUAUGACCGCUAUGUGGCCAUCUGCUCUCCUUUACUCUACUCCACCCAGAUGUCCCCAGUGGUCUGCUUCCUCCUCCUGGGGGCUUCCUACCUAGGUGGAUGCAUGAACGCUUCGUCGUUUACAGGCUGUUUGAUGAAUCUAUCCUUCUGUGGACCAAAUAAAAUCAACCAUUUUUUCUGUGACCUCUUUCCACUCUUGAGGCUUUCCUGUGGCCAUGUUUUUAUUGCUGAAAUAUCUCCCGCCAUCUCUUCUGCAUCCGUCCUCAUAAGCACACUGUUUACCAUAAUUGUGUCCUACAGCUACAUCCUCCACUCAAUCCUGAACAUGCGCUCUACUGAGGGGAGGAAGAAGGCCUUCUCGACCUGCACAUCCCACCUCACGGCCGUCACUUUGUUUUAUGGGACAGUUUUGUUCGUGUAUGUGAUGCCCAAGUCGAAUUAUUCAGCUGAUCAGGUCAAAGUGGCAUCUGUCAUCUAUACAGUGGUGGUCCCCAUGUUGAAUCCCCUCAUCUACAGUCUGAGGAACAAGGAGGUGAAAGGGGCCAUGAGAAAACUAAUGGCCAGAACACACUGGUUCUCCUGA